UUUCAAGUGCAAAACCAACGGAAAGUACCAAAAAACAAAAAAACAAAAAAAAAAAAAAUAAAUAAAAUAAAAUAAAAUGAAAGAAAUACGAAAAAAAGAGAAAAACGUGGAAUAUUUUUAAAUCUCGUAAAAAAAACCUCCCACAACUUAGAAUAAAAUAAAACAAAAAGAUGAAAUAUUUUAUUUACGAAUAUAAUUUGGAAGAAUUCCCAGGAAAAUUAUAACUAAGAUCUGCCGUAAACAUACUUUGGAAUAUGUACCAGGACUAAUCUACCUUGUAUCGUCUACAUAGAGAGAUACAUACACAUUCACACGCGCGCGCGCAAUAUAUUUAUAUAUAUAUAUACACACAUUCAUAAAUACUAUAUGUAUAUAUAUAAAAAUAUAUAUAUAUUAUAUAUAUGUAGAUAUACAGUUGUCUUUUUAUAUAGAUACAUAAUUUUGUGUGUGUGAGUGUGCUUGUGUGUGUGUGUAUAAAUAAAUAUAUAUAUAUGUAUGUGUGUAUAUAUAUAUAUAUAUAUAUAAAUAUAACGCAGUCGCAACUACCUGGUUAUUCUCCGUUGAGUAAAUUACCCACAAAAGCAACAACAAUGGUAAAAGCAAAAAUAUAUAAAUCAAAAGAAGAAUACUAAAAGAAAAACAAAACAAAAAAACUCGCAUUGAGAAGGAUAACCACAAUUGCAUCAGCAGCAGCAACAACAAAAACAGCAGCACCGGCUGAAGCGGUAGCAUCAACAGGAACUGUGACUGUGACGACACUACAGCUGUAGCACAAACGCAAGUAAGACGACCGAACGACAAGAGGAGUACCACUGCCACCGCCACUGCCAACCCAUCCUACUACUACUACUACUACUACUACUACUACUAGUAGUAGUAUGAAUACUAGCAACGACGGAUUUCGUUGCAGUAGUAAAACAACAAAAAUAUUUACUAUAUAAACAAACAAUGCCAACCAACAAAAGCAUAGUGGUGAUUCGAACCAUGAAGUUUAAACUCUGAAAAUCCUGUAUAACGAGAAAGUUAAUCAUUGUUUUCAUGUAGAUUGGAUGUCUGCUACUGUGUCAUCAUCGCAUCCGCCUGCAUCCACAUAUAAUUAAGCGCUGCUGCUGCUGCUGCUGCCACUACUACUACUACUACUACUACUACUACUACUACCACCAUCAGCACCACUACCACCACUACCACAACCACCACCGCCAACAACAACAGCAAUAAAUUACAAUUGUGAAACACUUUCGCCUUAUAAAGGAAUAAUUGCAUGGAGAUAGAUACACGGCUGUUUUUGAAAAUACAUAUCUAUACAUAGGUGUGUAUAUAUAAAUAUAUAUAAAUAUAUAUAUAUAUAUUACACACACACAUAUAUAUAUAUAUAUUUCUAUAUUCAAUGACAUUUUACUUUUGUUUACGGAACUAAUGUAAGACGGAUUACAAGAUGGGCCCGAGUCCCGUGGAGGAGUUGGUUUUCUUAGACUUGGAGAGGUCGACCAAGGGGGCAUCGAAACAGAGACGGGACCAGAUCAAUGCACAGAUUAACAUGAUGCGAGAUUUGCUUCCUCUGGCCGAGACAGCGCGACAGCGACUCUCUCAGCUCCAGAUAAUGUCUCUUUCAUGUGUUUACAUUCGAAAGUGUAACAUCAUGAGCAGAUGGUUCGGGACCAGUAGUACUGCUUCGGAAACACCUUUUGACUUUUUCCAGGCGUUGGCUGGUUUCCUACUUAUUACUACAAGAGAUGGGAAGCUAGUCUACAUUUCAGAAAAUGUAACGGAAUAUUUGGGCCAUUCUAUGGUGGAUAUGAAGACUCAAGGGGACAGUCUUUUCGAUAUUAUCGAUAAAAGGGAUCACAUUACAGUCCAGGCACAGCUUUUAAGAGGGGGAACGGAUGUAAUUCCGGGACAGCCAUUAGCUUUCUUCUGUCGGAUGAAUAUGUCGAGAAGUGUUAAACGGCAAUCAGGCUUUGGUGACGUCAAAACAAUGCACGUCCGCGGCCAUUUUGUAGCAGUUCCUGAUCCAGAGCGAGGAGGGGAACAAUUAGUGUUCGCUUCAUUUUGUUAUCCCCUUAUAACUAUUGAUAGCAAAGAUACACUUUUGCUCAGCGAUACUAUGAUUUUCAAGUCGGCACACCGUCUGGACAUGACCUACUUGGAAAUAUCGCACAGUGGUGAAUUUCACUUGGGAUUUUCGAGCGAAGAAAUAAUCUCCAAGUCUUGGUAUUCCUUUUUACACCCUGAAGAUAUAUGGGAAGGACAAACCAAACAUAUUCAAUUAAUCAAGUCUCGCCAUGAAAUGGGUUGUAUGCUUACAGUGCGCAUGCUCAUGGCAAACGGACAACAUAUCUGGGUUAACAUGGUCAUGCAUGUGAGGCAAGCACUAGCCAACAGUGACGACCCUGUCGUGGUGUGUGUCAAUCAAGUAAUCAAUGAGGACGAGGCUUGUCAGUUAAGAGGUCCAGCCUAUGCCUAUUCCACGGCCUGCGCAACACAAGUUCCCGCCAUAGAUAUGCUACCUCCUGGAGCUGCUUACUAUCCGAUGGCAGCCUCCAUACAACCGGAAGACCUACUGACACCACACAUGCAGCAGAUUGUCUACGACGAUCCGAUGGCGCAUGCCUAUACGACAUUUAGCCUAGAUAGGCAUCACCAUCACCACCAUCACCACCUCCACCCUUCACAUGCGCAUCACCAGCAGCAGCAGCAACAGCAGCAACAUCAUCAUCAUCAGCAGCAGCAGCAACAGACACAACAGCAGCAUCCAUCUUCGCAUCACCACCAUCAUCAUCAUCAGCAGCAGCACCACCAGCACCUUCACCAGCAGCAAACUAGCCACCAACAGAUUCCGCCACACCAUCAUUCUCAUCCGCAGCCACAUCCCCAUCAUCAUCAUCAUCAUCAUCAUCUUCAACAACAGCAACAACAACAACAACAACAUCAACAGCAACAGCAACAGCAUCUGUCUCCUUACGGAAUUCCUUUACAAGCUUAUCCUAAGAUGGCACCCACAGGAGGAUGCGGUUAUGUGAACACAGGGCAAUCGGCUGGUCCCGCCCUGCCACAACUUCCACCACCACCG